UUCCGCCGGAAGCGGAAGCGGGCGCAGGGCUCCGGGAGCGAGGCGCGGUGCCGGUCCAGUGCCCCGGGGGUGGCGGCCGCGGCCGGCCCCGUCCCUCUCGCCGCAGGGGCCGGGCCCACCAUGGCCUUCGCCGGCCGCCGCGACGCGCCCGACGGGCCGGACUUCAGCGUGCUCAAGCGGCUGGCCCGAGACCAGCUCAUCUACCUGCUGGAGCAGCUCCCCGGGAAGAAGGACCUGUUCAUUGAGGCAGAUCUGAUGAGCCCCCUGGACCGAAUCGCCAAUGUCUCCAUUCUCAAGCAACAUGAAGUGGACAAGCUGUACAAAGUGGAGAACAAACCCAUCGUUAGCACUAGUGACCAGUUGUGCUUCUUAGUCCGGCCCCGGAUCACAAACAUGAAGUACGUUGCUGAUAUUGUCAAUGCUGACAAGGCAACAGGGAGGAGCCGGAAGUACAAGAUUAUCUUCAGCCCCCAGAAGUUUUACACCUGUGAGCUGGUGCUGGAGGAGGAGGGAAUCUAUGGUGAUGUGACCUGUGACGAGUGGGCCUUCUACCUGCUCCCCCUGGAUGAUGACCUCCUCAGCAUGGAGCUGCCUGAGUUCUUCCGGGACUACUUCCUGGAAGGGGAUCAGCGCUGGAUCAGCGCGGUCGCUCGAGCUCUGCAGUUGCUGAACUCCCUCUUUGGGCCUUUCACUCACACGUAUGGGAUUGGCAGGUGUGCCAAGAUGGUCUAUGAGGUGUGGCGAGAGCUGGUGGAGGAGAGCGAGGGUGACAGCCAAGCCAGGAGGCCUGAGAUCAGCCAUGUCUUCCUCAUGGAUAGAGAUGUGGAUUACGUCACAGCGCUCUGCUCCCAGGUGGUGUAUGAGGGCCUGGUGGAUGACACAUUUCGUAUUAAAUGUGGGAGCGUGGACUUCGGGCCAGACGUCACCUCCUCUGACAGGAGCUUCAAAGUGCUGCUCAAUGCCCAGGACAAGGUGUUCAGCGAGAUCCGGAAUGAGCACUUCUCCAACGUCUUCGGCUUCCUGAGUCAGAAGGCGCGGAACCUGCAGACGCAGUAUGACCGACGUCGCGGGAUGGACAUCAAGCAAAUGAAGAACUUUGUCUCCCAGGAGCUGAAGGGGUUAAAGCAGGAGCACCGCCUGCUGAGCCUGCAUAUUGGUGCCUGCGAGUCCAUCAUGAAGAAGAAAACCAAGCAGGAUUUCCAGGAGCUGCUAAAGACUGAGCACUCUCUCCUGGAGGGGUUUGACAUCCGCGAGAGCACCAGCUACAUAGAAGAGCACAUCGACCGGCAGGUCUCCCCCAGCGAGAGUCUGCGCUUAAUGUGCCUCCUGUCGGUCACGGAAAAUGGGCUGAUCCCUAAGGAUUAUCGCUCCCUGAAAACCCAGUACCUCCAGAGUUACGGGCCUGAGCACCUGCUGACCUUUCAUAACCUCAAGCGCAUCGGGCUGCUGACGGAGCAGGCCCCAGGGGAGACCCUGACCGCUGUGGAGAGCAAAGUCAGCAAGCUGGUGACCGACCGAGCAGCAGGGAAACUCACGGACGCUUUUAAUUCUCUGGCCAGGAAGAGCAAUUUCCGAGGCUUAAGCAAGAAGCUGGGCUUGGUAGGUCCCCUCCGGAGCUGCUGGCUGGGCUGCCCUCCCACGGCACUGUUGCUAGGAUGGAUCCCCCGUGUUGAUGGCGAAUACAACCUGAAGGUGCCCCGAGAUAUGGCCUAUGUCUUCAGCGGGGCCUACGUCCCCCUGAGCUGCAAGAUCAUUGAACAGGUGCUGGAGCGCAAGGGCUGGCUGGGCCUGGAGGAGGUGGUGCGCCUGCUGAAUGGCAAUGAGUUUGCUCCUACAGAGCCGGUCACAGAGGAGAAUCCUGCCUGGGAGGUGCAGCGUGUCAUCCUAGCAGUCUUCCUGGGAGGCUGCACCUUUUCUGAGAUCUCUGCUCUCCGAUUCCUGGGGAAGGAGAAAGGAUACAAGUUUAUAUUCCUGACGACAGCCAUCGCAAGCAGCGCCCGGCUGAUGGACGCCAUGUUAGAGGCGAAGGUGUGAGGCAAGGGUGAGCUGCGGCCCUGGCAGAGCAGCUUGUGCCAGCCAGGGUCACACUCCACAGUGGAGACUGCCCAGGCACUGCACAUGCAAUACUGGAGCGUUACACAUCAGCAGCCGGAGCAGGGCAGACACGGAGCCCAUCCUGCCAUGAGCCUUUCCUUGGGCUUCCCGAAGCCUGCAGAUCGGGGUUUAAAUGGAUGAAGAGACCUUCAGUGGGUGGGGGGACGUGUUUCUGGGGAAGCUAGAGGAGGGAAGAAGCUGUUGUUUCUCCAAUCCUAGACCCAGGGUGUUUGAGUCUCUGUCAUGCUUCAGGCCCCUGGGGCCACUGUCCAGGCAAGUCCCUGGGCUUGGUGUAUUGGUGCUUCCACCAUUGGGACAGUGGCUUGUUACAGGAUCUCACUGGCCUUUUGGGUUUUGUGCCCUGGCUCCCACCCUUGGCUGCCUUCUCGUCCUUGGACAGAUGUCAGUACUUGGGGCCAUGGGUGAAGCCAUGGGCCAUUCCAGGCUGUUAGCAGCACUGCCUUCUUCCACUGCUCUGAGGCCUGUUCACCUGGAGAAGUUAACUAGGCAGGGGGGAGCUGGCUUCUACUCCAGUGAAAAUUAAUUUCAUUGUUACCUGAAUUUUGAGUGCUAUGUUCAUUCACUUCACAGAACAGCCUACCUGUUCUGGCACCAAACACAACCCGCUCUAGUCUGGAUUGAGGGACCAAGCAGGGGGAAAGGAGUGGACCAGCAGGGGUGCUGUGGGGUAGACUGGAGGUGCAGUAGCAGAGGGGUGUGGGUGGAGUUGGGGCUGGGAUUUGAAUAGCAUAGGAUUGCACUGGCAGAAAUGUGUAAUAGUGGUACGUUGAUCUGUACCAUAUAAAAUAUAUUUGGGCAGCCUUUA